AUGCGUCUUCCAUAUGUCCCCAACCCGCCCCCUACUACUACUCCCGAAGAGGCAGAUAUCCUCAAUCGGGUGCAGACCCGACGCGGUGAAAAGGGCUUAAUACCUCUCGAUCUCGCCCUUUUGCAUUCAUUCCCAGUUGCCGAUGGGUGGAAUUCGUUCAUUGGGGCUAUCCGAACCCGCACUAGCCUCUCCCAAGCUAUUCGUGAACUGAUCAUCUGCCGCAUCGCUGUGAUCAACGGAGCCUGGUUCGAAUGGGAUCAACACUCACCCUUGCUCAUGGAGGGUGGAUGUAGUGCAGAAGCGGUGGAGGUCGUUCGUGAUGCUCAGGCUGAUAUCCCCCAGAAAGUACAAGAGAAGGUGCUAAGUCCCGAGGAGGCAGCGGUGCUGAAGUAUACUGACGCCAUGACAAAAACUGUUACUGUGCCCGAGGAUGUGUUUCAAGAAUUGAAAGGACUUUACAAUGAUCGAGAGGUUGUGGAGAUCACUGCUACCGCAGCAGCUUAUAACUGUUAA